GGCACACACACACACAUACACACACAGGGAUCUCGACAUCUCACUGCCUUCUGCUCCUUACAGGAACAAUACCCCUGGCCUAAUCCCUUUCAUUUCUAUCCCUCUCUCUCUCUCACUCACGUCCCCACCACCUCUCUAUGCUGUAUCCCCUGCUCUGCACCCCCACCAUGCCAUCUCCUAUUCCCUUCUCCAUCGGUUAUUUUGCUCCUGCUACUGGAAUAAGCGGCUGGCUGUCGUGAUAAACUUUGCAAAGGGGAGAGAGAGGGCUUCUCUGCCCAUCCCCAACCAUACAGCACAAACCCUCCUCCUCCGAUCAGGUUUUAGAAGCUGCUGUCUGGUCCUGCGGCCUCUGCCUUGCCAACCUGAUUCCAUCAGCAUUUUGCCGUCGCUGGGAGGAUACACUCCACUGCCAGAUCAUAGAAGGAAUACUUUGAUGAUUUGGAGUCCCACCUGUACUUUUUUUGUGGGGUUGAAAAUAACCUUUAUUCUCAGCAUAACAAAUCAGCCCCCUCCACCUGCCUGUGACAAGUCAGCUCUGCGGGUCAACCAGGCUGGUGGCCACUGCUUGCUCCCCCGUCUUAGCCCAGCUCUGAAGAAGCAUCCCUCUGAGAUCUGCUUGAGAAUUGCUGGAUGUAAGUUUUGGAGAAAGCAGGGAAAAGGAGGGAGGAAAGCUUAAGCGGUGGGUCUGGGAAAGGCUAAACCAGAACUCUUUUUCGAACCACACUGUCCCAAAUGUUCAAAUUCAAGGGAAGACACCGAUUCACCAUUAUGAUGGGAUCUCAAAUUGGCACCAGCUCAGACCACCGGAUCUGAAGGCGAAUAAGCAAAGGAAGAGAAAAGCAGGUGGAAGAACUGCUGGGGAGGAGGAAAGCGUUCCCUUUCCCGCAAAGGGCAUUUUCCCGAGCCACUUUGGCGUGGCCUAUGGUGGGCCAGAAGGUGUCCUUGGAAUUUAUCUGUACACUGAGAGGAGCAAAGGAGAGGCGACUGGCAGGCAACCCACAGCAUGUAAAACAGCUCCUUUCAACUAGCAAGUGGUCUUGAAGCCUUCAGGAAGGUCGAUGGGAAAAAGAGGAGGAGGAAAUCAACGUUAAAAGGCAAGAUCCGAGAACCCUAACCUCCGCCAGCCACUUCUCUGAAUCUAAGAGACAGGUUCCAAAAGCCUAACUGCAGGACAGCCUAGCACCACCCACCCCUGCGAACCAUGGCGACCACCUCACCCACAGCCGCUGUGGUGACAGCCACCGUGGUGACAACAGCAGCUGCCAUGGACUUGCGUGACUGGCUGUUCCUCUGCUACGGCCUGGUUGCCUUCCUGAGCGAAGUGAUUGACAGCACCACCUGCCCAUCUGUUUGCCGCUGCGACAACGGCUUCAUUUAUUGCAAUGACCGGGGCCUGACCUCCAUCCCAGCUGACAUCCCGGAUGAUGCCACCACCCUAUACCUGCAGAACAAUCAGAUCAACAAUGCCGGCAUCCCCUCCACCUUGAAGAAAAAGCUAAAUGUUCAGGUCAUCUACCUCUAUGAAAAUGACCUGGAUGAGUUCCCCAUCAAUCUGCCCCGUUCGUUGCGGGAACUUCACCUCCAGGACAACAACGUCCGAACCAUCGCCCGAGACUCCCUGGCGCGCAUCCCUCUCCUGGAGAAGCUGCACCUGGACGACAACUCCGUCUCCACUGUCAGCAUUGAAGACGAUGCCUUUGCAGAUAGCACACGCCUCAAGUUGCUCUUCCUCUCUCGCAACCACCUCAGCAGCAUCCCCUCUGGCCUGCCCCGCACCCUGGAGGAACUGAGGCUGGACGACAACCGCAUAUCCACCAUCCCCCUCCAUGCCUUCAAGGGGCUGAUCAGCUUGCGGCGCCUGGUGCUAGAUGGCAACCUCUUGGCCAACCAGCGCAUUGCAGACGACACCUUCAGCCGCCUCCAGAACCUCAGCGAGCUCUCGCUGGUGCGCAACUCUCUGGCAGCCCCACCUCUUAACCUGCCCAGCGCUCAUCUGCAAAAGCUGUACCUCCAAGACAAUGCCAUCAGCCACAUCCCCUACAACACCCUUUCCAAGAUGAGGGAACUGGAGAAGCUGGACCUGUCCAACAACAACCUGACCACUCUGCCCAAGGGUCUCUUUGAUGACCUUGACAGUCUCUCCCAGCUCCUGCUGAGGAACAACCCCUGGUACUGUGGCUGUAACCUCAUGUGGUUGAGGGACUGGGUCAAGGCCCGGGCUGCUGUGGUGAAUGUGAGAGGGCUGAUGUGCCAAGGCCCCGAUAAGGUCAGAGGCAUGGCCAUCAAGGACAUCACCAAUGAGAUGGAUGAGUGCUUUGACGUGGGCCCGCAGAGCAAUUCGGGAGUGGUGGUGGCAGCCAAGACGACUGCCAGCAAUGCCGCUGUCACAACCCCGCAGGGCUCCCUUUUCACCCUCAAGGCCAAGAGGCCUGGCAUCCAACUGCCAGAUUCCAAUGUUGACUACCCAAUGGCCACCGGCGCUGGAGCCAAAGCACUGAUUCUGAACGUCAAGCCGCUAACUGCUGACAGCAUCCGCAUCAGCUGGAAGGCAAUGCUCCCGGCAGCCUCUUUCCGCCUGAGCUGGUUGCGCCUGGGCCACAGCCCGGCCGUGGGCUCCAUCACAGAGACCCUGGUACAAGGCGACAAGACAGAGUACUUGCUGACAGCCCUGGAGCCCAAGUCCACCUAUAUCAUCUGCAUGGUCACCAUGGAGACGGGCAGCACCUAUGUGCCUGAUGAGACCCCAGUGUGUGCCAAGGCCGAGACGGCAGACAUGUACAGCCCCACCACCACCCUCAACCAUGAGCAAAACAUGGACCCAAUGGCCGGGCUGCCGUUGGCAGGGAUCAUUGGCGGGGCGGUGUCCUUGGUCUUCCUCUUCCUAGUCUUGGCUGCCAUCUGCUGGUAUGUCCACCGGACGGGAGAACUGCUGACACGGGAGCGAGGCAGUCGGAAGAAAGAUGACUAUGUGGAGUCGGGCACCAAGAAGGACAACUCCAUCCUGGAAAUCAGAGGCCCCGGGUUGCAGAUGCUUCCAAUCAACCCACACCGGGCAAAGGAGGAGUACGUCAUCCAUACCAUAUUCCCAUCCAAUGGAACCAGUCUUUACAAAAGCACCCACACCAUCGGCUACGGCACAACCCGUGGGUACAGAGACGGUGGAAUUCCAGACAUAGACUACUCGUAUACAUGAUGUAGAAUCCCCUCCCUCCUCUCACAUACAUCCCUCCUGAUCCCCUCAACUGCCCAGCCACUUCUCUGUUUUUACCCCCCCUCCCUAUCCACACACACAAACAUGUACACCAAGGUUUUGUUUUUUUGCCAAGGUGGGAAAAAAAUGGCAAAACACAAAAACUAUUUUCCAAGCAGAACCAGGUGGAACAAAAGGGGAGGGGAAGAAAGUUUUACAAAAAAAAGAAAAAAAGAAAAAGCAAACAAAAACAAAGCCUAUUUUGUAGAAAACCAACAAAAACACACACAAAAGUUUUAAAAAAAAGUAGACAUGGAGUGGGGCAAAGACAUAAUUUAUAUUUAAUAUACCAGAUUAAAAAAAAUACAUAAACAUACAACUCAGACCAUCAAGGAACAUUGGGUUGUUGUUGGGUCCCACCCCUCCCCCUGAGGGGGGCAGGGGGAAGACCUGGAAGAAGGGAAGGGGGAAAGUGAAAAUGAAAAACAAAAAUGCUACCUGUUUUAUCUUUCUUCCUGUAUAAAUCCUCUAUUUUGUUCAGGAGUUAGAUUAUAAAAAAACAUCAAAAUGUCUUUCCUGGCGGCUAAACUGUUGACUGCAUAGGGGGGGAGGGGGCCCGUGCGAAUCUGCUUCCAUUUCUCCUUUUGCAUUCCAUAACUCUGCUUUCCUUACAGGUUCCAAAUUUGUCAUGCAAAGUUGAGCAACAACCACCACCACAACAAAAUAAGCAUUGGCAAUAUAUAUAUAUCUUUCUGGAGUUCUGAAACAAGACCCUAACCCCAAACCUGCCCCUGCCCUUCCACACCUGACUCAAGUUUCCCCUCAGCCCCUUUCUGCAAGACUCAGAAUCCGUCAACUUUGUUCUUCUGCUCAACACAGACUGAUCAUAAGAGAAAUCUCUGUUUGGUUACCUCCUCACCCAUCUAUCCUUUGGGACAAUCAUUCAAGAAUAUUCUCUUUGUAGGAAUAACUGCAACACGCAGCUCUUUGUCUUUUUAGCAAAAAGAAAGAAAAAAAGAAACUGACAUGGAAAUGGGAGAUGGGCCAGCGUCUUCCAACUCGCAAGAUGUUCCUUCCAAGGUGGGGGCUCUGGAAAUCCUAAAUGAAUCUCAGGUUCACAUUUAGAGUGUGAAUGGUUUUUGAGAUGUUAAGGAAAGACGAGAAAAGCAGGAUUUUGGUUCAAGUCCUUUUCUUUUGCAUCAUCUCAGAAAAUGACCAGCUAGGCCUUUUUCAACAGCUCAUCACUAAGAUGGUUGAGGGUUUCUGUUGGUCUCCUACUGUAUGCAUUUAUUUUUUGCCUCCUCCCUGAUGGGAUAAGGUUUGAGCGUCCAACUGACAAUCUAUAAAUUUUUGCAGGUGUUGGGCACAGUGGCAGGCCCUUGAGGCCACAUCCAAUUGCCUGCCAGGUGUUUAUGAUUAUUUGGCAAUCCAAAGCAAGGGGCAAAAGCAGGUGGAGUACUGAGCCCCUGGCAAAUGGCCACCACAUGUGGUUGGUGGCCUGCCUUCACGUUGGCCAAUGUGGAUAUCUGAACAGCCCCAUGUUGGAAUUUGGUUCUUCUCCUGCCCAAGAGCAGAUUCAAAAGUUGCAGAGGUGUUAGUAUAAGAGAUUCUCCUGCUCAAAUCAGGAGGCUUAAAGGAAAUUCAAACCCACAUCCACCCUGUUUGAACACCUAAAGUUUUGCCACUUGCUAUAAUUGAGCCAGUAUGACAACCUGCAUGUCUGCCUGACUGAGUUUUUCAGAUCUUGUGAAUUGCUGGCAGGAGGAGCUACAAGAAAGGGGCUGUGAAAUGAGCAGUAAUGCACAUAACCCCGAGUCUGUGUGAGGCUCCUGGAUUUGAUCUCCAGCAUUGCCGGUGGUGCACUUUCAGAAAAAGGGCUGGGAAAGUUUGGCGCAACUUGGGGAGGUGCAUCUUUGAAUCUGGUUGAUGGACCACUGGUCUGAAUUCGUAGGAGAGCGCUUUGCUGUUCCACAUGAUGGUCAGGUUUGCACAUGUUUGUCCCCCCAAAAGUGCAGAUGUAGAUUGAAGAGGCCCACAAGACUUUUAGGAUGGAUGGGUGUGGUGAGGAACUGGGUCUCAUCCAUCUAAGUCCCAUCUAACAGUAGAGUGGGUCCACUCAGAGAAUGACUUAGGUGGAUACAACCCGUUACUUAGCUGGAAAGUGUAACGAAGCAAGGAAGGGGAGGGGAAAACAGAUGGAGGCUAAGUCCAUCAAGAACUAUUAAGCAUGAUAGUUGUGUGGAACCUCCAUUUGUAAAGGUAGCAUAUCUUAUGAGCGCCAGAGGCUAAGCACAAAAUGUGCUUCUCAAAAGCAUUGGGCUGGCUACCAUUUGAAUGAGGAUGCUGAGUGAGAUGAACCUUAGCUUUGGUUCAACAAAGAUUUUUGGAAAUAGGACCCCAUUGAAGAAGUUCCCCCUUAUGGGAGCCCUUUUAAUUUACAUCUUGCUAUUAAUAUUUACAUCUUAAUUUACAUCUUGCCAUUAAUAUUUAAGUAUUUCUUCAAGUCCUGAGAGAAAAUACUUUCCCCCACAUAUCACAGGAUGGGCAAUUCUGUAGCAUCAGGCAAAGGGGAUAUAGCUAUACUUCCCUCCUCAAUAAAUUCACUCCAGGAAAGAAAGUCCCCAACAUAAGCCCUAGGCCAGGGUUGGAACAACUUCAUACCAAAUGUCGCCCAGCAGUUACAUAAAGUGACCUGCCAAGGUCUUGAACCCAACACGACCUUCACACCAAUUUUUAUAGUCCAAAGUAGGCAGCAAAAACGAUAAUUUAAAAGUUCCUUGUGGGCCACCAUACCACCAUAUACAGCCAGGAGACUGUGUUUCAAGUAAUUGCAUUGUGUUACUUUAGCACCCACAGUACAGUACCUUUCGAAGGCAAGAGAAUGGGGCGGGGGGGGACAUAACCAGUUGGAUCCACCUCUGGUGGUCCCCUUGGGCCCGCCCCCCCCCCGAUCCAGCAGUGACCAGUUGCCAGUUUGACUUGCUGGGUUGCAAGUUGUGCAGGCCUGACCUCUAGUUAGGUUUGGGUAGAAUUUAAAGUAUUCCCCCACUCCAAGAUCCUGAUCUUGACAAGCAAAACAAACUCAUGGAGGAAAGUAAUUAGAAGUCACUUUAGGUGUCAUUCGACAUGCAGCUUCUCUCUUUUUGCACGCCUUCUGCUGUGUACAAGAAUGUGCAGUGUUUCAACCCCUUAAUUUCUGCAAAUGGCAAUAAAUGGGAUUAGCUGGCUAACUGGAGAGCAAGGCAAUAAACACGCCAUUAGAGGCAUCUUUCAGUGGGAUUCCUUCUCCUGGCCAGCGGGGCUCUCUGACAGCCCGGCAUUCCUUAAUAGCAACAAUAACUGUUCAGGGGAGGAAAAAAUGCAUUUCAAGGGGCUUGUGACAAAACAAAGUGACUGAGGAAGCAGGGUGGGCAAUGAACACUCAGAAAAGGGAAAACAUUAAAAGCCUGGCCAAUUAUCAGCAGAAUGGCAUUUGUGUCCAUCAACUCCCGCAAUGAGCAACGCAUCCCUCUCUGGGUUGCAGUUCCCCUCUAGAUUUACCAAUUUAUCCCACAGUGCCUUUGGCUUAACUGACUUUUGCACCGUCUUCUAACACAGUCCUUAUUGGCACUUCCUGUAUCAGACUGAAAUUGUUUUCUGCUCUAAAAUUGCCAGUUCUAUGCACAGAAAACCAGGGAUAGAGGUGUGCUCCUAUCAUAAUGGCCUAUAGCAGGCUUACAUUUAAUACCAGAUGUUCCAGCCGUGCAAGAUUCUAGUCCCCAUCUAUUGCUAUGUAUAGCAAUAUACAUGUCACAGGUUAGGAAACAGAGUGAGAUACGACACUUUCCUAAUACGUCCAAGGAAGCCUGUGGGUUUUUUUCAGUUUCGUAAAGCUCUAGUGCUUAUCUGUGUUGGGAGCUCAAAUUUAGAAGAAUCCAGACUUCUUCUUUUUUUACACUGCAGAUCUAUGUAUGAUGUACAUGGUAAAAAUUCAAGGCAAAUACUGCUUCUCUAGGGGUAUUUCCAGACGUGUUUAUUGUGAGGUUGGUGCUCCUCACAGAUGCAGAGGUUUUUUCCCCCUUGCAGCAUCUGUACAGUGUAAUUUGCCUCAAAAUCCCAGCUCAUUUUACCCCACCCCCACCCCCCAUUUAAUCUGGAUUUACUCUUUCCAGGGAAAAUAUUAAGUGGGUUUUUUUUAUUUAAAAAACUUGCAAAUGAUCCGUUUGCAAAUUAAGACCACAUCUGGAAGCAACCUAGGUUGCAGUCUAGCAACCCCAGAUAGUGUCUUGUUUAAUCUUAAACUGUGUAAGCUGCCUUGAAAAUAUUUUAAAUAGGGUGGAUACCUUAACUGGGAGAAAGAACUAGAUGAGGUGUCGUGGAAACACAGGCAAGGGAUUUCACCAUGCCAAGCUAAGCAUGUACUAAAAAAACCUCCCACGGUCCUUCUUGGGUGUAAAAUUAGAGCGUGCCUUCCAUCAGUCUCUUUAAAGCAAAUAAACCAACUGCAACAGA